AUGUCCGGCCGACCGCAAGAAGAUCGCAAUGCUGAGGCUACUGUAUACCUUGGAAACUUGGACGAGAGGUGUACGGAUGCGUUGAUUUGGGAGCUGAUGUUGCAGGCUGGGCCGGUCGUAAAUGUACAUCUUCCCAAGGACAGGAUUUCGCAAGCUCAUCAAGGAUUCGGGUUCUGCGAGUUUUUGACGGAAGAGGACGCCGAGUAUGCGUGCAAGAUUAUGAACCAGAUCAAGUUGUGGGGAAAGCCUAUUCGUGUUAACAAGUCCUCGUCCGACAAGAAGCAGUUGGACGUUGGUGCGAAUUUGUUUAUUGGAGGCCUGGACCUGAAUGUGGACGAGAGGCUGCUGUACGACACGUUUAGUGCGUUUGGUGUGAUGAGUACCACUGCCAAGGUGGCUCGAGAUCCCGCGAGUGGUGAAUCAAAAGGAUAUGGCUUUGUCUCGUAUACAGAUUUCGAAUCCGCCGACGCAGCAAUUGAGGCUAUGAAUGGCCAGUUUCUGAUGAACAAGGCUAUUCAAGUACAAUACGCGUUCAAAAAAGACGGCAAGGGUGAGCGACAUGGAACAACUGCAGAGCGGAUGUUGGCUGCCCAAGCAAGGAAGAAUAAUGUUUUGCCUGCCACCGCUCGCCCGCCACCUGCGCCUGCUGGUAUGGCAUUCGGAGCGAGACCGCCGAUGAUGCCGUACCAAGGGCCGUACCAGGGGCAAUUUGCUGGUGCACUAGCCGCUCCUCCGCCUCCUCCUGGCUUUGCGCCUCAACAGACAUUUGGGAUGCCUAUGCAACCUGGUAUGGUUCCUCCACCUCCGCCAGGAUUCAUGGCCGGCCCGCCUCCAAUGGGCAUGAUGCCUCCUGGCCCCCCACCACCAGGUUUCCAAGGCAUGCCUCCUCCGCCUCCCUUUGGCCAGAUGCCUCCACCUGGGAUGAUGUACCCUCCACCCCCACCUCCAGGUGCACCUCAAUACAUGACUGGAGCAUAG